GCCUUGUUAAGAUUGACAAGAUAUCCCUCCAAUCAAGUACUCCGGUGGCUGACAUUGUCCAAUGAUGUGCGCGAUCGUGCCGCUGUAGCCAACGAGAGCGGAUUUCCAACGAGCUCAGAGAAAAGCGGAGACAGAGGCAGACAUCAUUUCUCUCUCAGCUCAAUUGGACUAUCCACACGACGGCAAAGAGCCAAGAAAUAAAGCAUCUUUUUCUGAACAGGAAUAUAAUUAUCGAAAUUAAUACACACAAUUAACCAUGGCCGACACAGCUGUCGACACGACCGCAACUGCAGAGGUUACUGCCAAGGAGCUGAAAGAGAAGAAAGAAGUAGAAGCGAAGGAGGAGAAGAAGGUGAAGGAGGAGAAGAAGAAGGAGGAGGAGGAGGAGGAGGAGGAGAAGGAGAAGACCGACAAUGGGGACGCACCUGCCAAUGGCACAAAUGGUGCUGAACACAGUGACAAAGCAGAGAAAAACAAAGAGGAGAAACACAAGAAUGGAGAUGAUGCAAAGGAGGCGCCCCCUACUGAGGAGAAGGAUGCACAACCUGUAAAGCGUGCAGCUGAAGAGGAGGAGGAGGAUGAGGAGGAAGAGGAAAAGGUGGAGACAAAAAAGCAGAAGACAGAGAAAAACGGGGAUUCGAAAGAGGCAGAGGUGAAGGCUUAGGUCGCUGCCCUGCUACUUGUUUGCAGCACUGUUUUACCAGCCUGGUCAACAUUGUGUUGUAGAGCUUGUGCUUUCUGUACCUUUUUCUUUCUUUUUUUGAGAAAUAUUUCUUUUUGUUUGCUCCCAUGUUAUCACAUUGCACUGGAGUCCUGAAACAUAGUGGCCCUGCAUCCUUUUUUUAUGAAAUGUUAUUUAUUGGUCUUUAAAAUGAGCUUUAUUUUCUACUUGUACAAAUUGGGCCACACAAUAAGAUCAGUUUUUUUCAUUUCUUGAGGUUUUAUAUCCAUAUGUUAGAAGCACAAUCUCUAUUAUGUCAGUGCUGACCAGAUGAUUCAUACAUUACAGGCAGCUGCUCACCUCCUCUAAGGCUCAUGUUGACCUCAGAUUCACUUAAAGGACCAAAGAUAAGUUUUAAGCAGGGGCUAAUGGACAGUUGUUCACAUUAUUAGUUGAGGCAUCAUUAUUUGUGUGUUGAGCUGCUAGUUAAUCCUUGGCUUGGCUGCCCUGUUAUCAUAACAGAUGGUGCAAAUAAAUAAAGGGGCUCUGUCUUGCCCCUCCAUGAUAAGAUUGCUUGACCUUGUUUUAUGGAGGUAAGAUUUUGCAAUGUUAAUUAACCCCGCUUAAAUCUUAAAGCUUUGGUCAUUUGUUCUGUAUGCAUUUCACGCAAGUUUGUACCAUUUCUUUGUUUUUCUUAAAUUUUCAAUGAGUUUUAUGUUAUGGCUGGGUAGCCCAGUUUUGUGUCCAAGACUGCCCUUUUCAGAACCAGAACGACAUUCGGUUACUUCAGCCACUGCUUUGUAUAUUCUGAUUAACAAAUAAAUUGUCUUUUUACUUAUA